AUGGCUACUAAGUUUUUGGUAACACUUGGAUCCAUCCUAGCAGUCGCUCAGGCAGGAAUUAUCGCAGGACCACCAGUACCAGUUGUUAAGGCUUCAACGGAUUAUGAUCCUCAUCCGCAGUACACUUACGCUUACGAUGUCCAAGAUUCAUUGACCGGAGACUCAAAAUCUCAACAUGAAACGCGGAAUGGCGAUGUCGUCAGUGGAAGUUACAGUCUUAUUGAAGCCGAUGGAACGAGAAGAGUUGUUGAGUAUACUGCGGAUCCGAUAAAUGGAUUCAACGCCGUUGUUCAUCGAGAACCAGCUGUCGUUAAUGCUGUACCAGCAGCUCCACCUUACCGGCAGUUCCAAGUGUUCCGGCGCCAUUUUCUCCAUACUCGCCAUUUUCUUCUCUAG